GUGCCUUCCAAUAGCGAUAUAUAGCAGCAAAUUAACAAUGUGCGUAUGCGUGGCCAUACACGACACUGAACCGUUUUGUAUUAUUGGUUAACCCUAAACAGUUCAAGAAAACACGUGAUCACAUCUUUUAAAAAUUUCUAAAGAGGUCGCUAGCUGUAAAUAAUCAACCACCUAUAUCCACAUGCAAAGAGUUUUCUUUCGACUUUGAUUUGAGUGAAAUAUUCUAAUAACGAGACAAUUGCUAUGACUGAUUCUCUAGAUUAAAUAGUUUAGAAAAUGAAAAGUUUUUCAUAGAAUUUCAAAAUUUUAAACAAAAUUAAUUAAUCUAAUUGUUUACUCAACAUAAAAACGAACAAAAUGGUUCCUGAGGAUAAUUCUUCUAUUGGAAAUUUUAAAACUGCGUGGUUAAAGUAUGAUGUAGAUAGUAAAGCUAAACAUCAAUUAUUUUUCAAAGAACAUUCUGUUAGAAAUCAAGAACUCGAAUAUCCUAGAGGAAAAACAUUGUUUGUUUUAAAUAUUCCACCAUACGCCACUUUGUCUGCCAUGCAAGCAGCUUUUUCUAGACAUUGUGGAUGUGUUCAACUUGCUAAAUUUGCUCCAAGUCUUAGCAACAAAGAAUCCGGAUUUAAAGUACUUUACAUUGUAUUUUCGAAAGAAUCUGGAUUACAGAAAGCACUUUCACUUUCGAUAGAUUUUACGUUUGUUUUAAAUACUGAAGAUAGUCCAAAUACUUGUGGAGUCAAGAAGUGGUGCAGACAAUACAAUACCGCAGCUUUACAAAAAGAACAAACACUUAAAGAUUCUAUAGAAAAAUAUAUUAAAGACUAUGAUGCAAAAUGUGAGGAAAAAUUAAAUGCAAAUAAUCAAACUGACGAUGGUUGGACAACGGUAACAGGAAAGAAAAAACGAGGAAAAUUUGCGCCAGCAAGAAAAGAAUCGCUUAUAGAAAAGGCCCAUUCUGUUGAAGAACAAAAAAAGAAAAAGAAACAAUUACUCAAUUUUUAUACAUUUCAAAUACGCGAGUCCAAACGAGAACGUUUAGUCGAAUUACGAAAAAAAUUCGAAUUGGACAAGAAGAAGUUACAACAGUUGAAGUCAAACAGGACAUUUAAACCUUUUGGAUAAUUUAUUUAUAUAAUUAUUCUGUUAUUAUAUAAUAAAAAAUUUAUAAAUUUUAA